UUCAAGAGACUUGAGCUGGCAGUUUGGAUUGUCUCUUAUAUAAAGUUGGCACUCCAGUAGUCUACAGUGCCUAUCCUGUCUUGCUUUUUCUUCGGCGGGCAGAGCGUCGGCUCUUGAGCCUUUGUUCGUGUCGAUUCUUAUGACUUAGUUUUGUCUCCCCGUAUUGUACUACUAUCCUUUCGUUCCCAAACGUAUAACCAAUAAUGUCUCACGAGAUUUGUCAUGGUGUACGAACCUAUUUCAAGCUGGAAUUAACCAAGACCAGCCGAAUCAGUCAGCCCAACCUUUGGAAACCUUCUGCCUUGUACUUCCAUGUUGGUGUCUUUGACGAACAACCUAUUAUGUCCUUGCUCGCUAAAGCUAAAGCCUUCCAUGACAGAUUCUUCGAGUCCACUGCCGAAAUGAAAUAUGGUCCAUGUCAGGCUAGAAGUGAGUCGAACAUGCCUUUGAAGGUGCCUAUAAGAAGAGGCACAGGCACAGCUCCCCAUUUUUCAGCUUCUUCAACUUCGAAUUCCUUCAGCACAUUUCAAACGAAAGCAGUACGAUGGACAGGUUUUUUGCCACUGUGGGAAAGCAUCACUCCUAGCAGAACCAUGUUGCGUAGCAAUGUCAGGAUGAUCCAACAGAGGGAUGUCCAGGGUCGGAUCUACUCUUUCAAGAGCACCUCUGAAUAUCUAGAUUCUGGUGUCCAAAUCCCCGAUAUUCCAGACGCCGUGAAGCUACACAUGGUCUUAGUUCUUGAUCUCGUACCAGGGAAGCACCAGCUUUUAAAGGUCAUGAUUAUCACAACAACUUCAGCAGUUGAUGGAGAGUACGUCCCCAUUUCACCAACUCCCAAGAAAGGUUAUGCUAUCCAGCUUCGGCUUCGCAGCCACACUGUAUGGCAUCAUGGAGCUGCCGUAACACGAUAUCCCAGCCUGGGAACGGAUUCGUACUUGAAAAUUGAUGAGCAUUACGAGGUCCCUAUUCAAAUGUUAAGGGAAGUCACAGAUCGGGCUGGGAAUCCGUUCAUGAUUUACCCAAAACGUCAAGGGGGUGUGGCGCAACUUCGACACCAUGUUCUGCACUGCAAUGAAACCCGAAAAACUGCUAAGUUUGCGAUUGGAUCUGAGAACGAAAGAGUCGGAGAAGUUGAAAUUUAGGGAACUGUGGGCAAAUUAUUGUAGGAUAGUGAUGACUUGCCCAGUCUUGGGACAAAAACUCCUAUGAUGUCUCUUCAAAGUUCAAUGCUUCAGCUUCUGGCAAAGUAAGAGGAAUAUA